GACUGCUGCCAGAGCCCAGCUCCACGGAGCCGGGCGGGUCGGCCGCUGGUCCAGCGGCUGCUGGAGGAGCCCGAGCGCAGCGGGCGCGGGGCCCACCCAGGACAGCACGAGAGCGCCGAGCCCAGGGCCGGGGACCGUUCUUGCGCGGCCGCCCUAUUCCCAGACGGGCCGUCAGCCUUCCUGGUUCGCUGCCGCUGCUCCGUGCCGCCGGGAGCCGAGAGCUGCCGAGAGCCGGGCACCUGUGCCUGCAGCCGGGAGAACUUACCCUGCCUGCCUCCGGAACUGCAGAGGGGCCCGCCAUGGUGUUCCUGGGACCCCUGGCUGUCACCCUGUUGCCGCCCAGCCUCACACUGCUGGUGUUCCACCUGUCCAGCUCCCAGGAUGUUGCCAAGGAACCUAGCAGUGAGCAGCAGCUGUGCACCCGGAGGGAACAUCCCGUUGUGGCCUUUGCAGAUCUGAAGCCGUGGGUCUUUAACUUCACCUACCCUGGAGCCCGAGACUUCUCCCAGCUCGCUCUGGAUCCCACCAGGAACCAGCUCAUCGUGGGGGCCAGGAACUACCUCUUCAGACUCAGCCUUGCCAAUGUUUCCCUUCUUCAGGCCACAGAGUGGGCCUCCAAUGAGGAAACGCGUCGCUCCUGCCAAAGCAAAGGGAAGACUGAGGAGGAGUGUCAGAACUACGUGCGAGUCCUGAUUGUCACUGGCCGGAAAGUGUUCAUGUGUGGGACCAAUGCCUUUUCCCCAGUGUGCUCCAGCAGACAGGUGGGGAACCUCAGCCGGACCAUAGAGAAGAUCAAUGGUGUGGCCCGCUGCCCCUACGACCCGCGCCACAACUCCACAGCUGUCAUCUCCUCUCAGGGGGAGCUCUAUGCAGCCACCGUCAUUGACUUCUCAGGUCGGGACCCCGCCAUCUACCGAAGCCUGGGCAGCGGGCCACCUCUUCGCACUGCCCAGUAUAACUCCAAGUGGCUCAAUGAGCCAAACUUUGUGGCAGCCUAUGACAUCGGGCUGUUCGCGUACUUCUUCCUGCGGGAGAACGCGGUGGAGCAUGACUGCGGCCGCACGGUGUAUUCUCGGGUGGCCCGAGUAUGCAAGAAUGACGUGGGGGGCCGCUUCCUGCUGGAGGACACGUGGACCACGUUCAUGAAGGCCCGGCUCAACUGUUCCCGCCCGGGCGAGGUCCCCUUCUACUACAAUGAGCUGCAGAGUGCCUUCCACCUGCCUGAGCAGGACCUCAUCUACGGGGUCUUCACCACCAACGUAAACAGCAUCGCCGCUUCUGCUGUCUGCGCCUUCAACCUCAGUGCCAUCUCCCAGGCCUUUAAUGGCCCAUUUCGCUACCAGGAGAACCCCAGGGCUGCCUGGCUCCCCAUCGCUAACCCCAUCCCCAACUUCCAGUGCGGUACCCUGCCAGAGGUGGGCCCCAACGAGAACCUGACAGAGCGAAGCCUGCAGGACGCACAGCGCCUGUUCCUGAUGAGCGAGGCUGUGCAGCCGGUCACGCCCGAGCCCUGUGUCACCCAGGACAGCGUGCGCUUCUCACACCUGGUAGUAGACCUUGUGCAGGCCAAGGACACGCUCUACCACGUGCUCUACAUCGGCACGGAGUCGGGCACCAUCCUGAAGGCGCUGUCCACGACGAGCCGCAGCCUCCGCGGCUGCUACCUGGAGGAGCUGCACGUCCUGCCCCCGGGGCGCCGCGAGCCCCUGCGCAGCCUCCGCAUCCUGCACAGCGCCCGCGCGCUCUUCGUGGGGCUGAGCGACGGCGUGCUGCGGGUGCCGCUGGAGAGGUGCGCCGCCUACCGCAGCCAGGGGGCCUGCCUGGGGGCACGGGACCCAUACUGCGGCUGGGACGGGAAGCAGCAACGUUGCAGCACGCUUGAGGACAGCUCCAACAUGAGCCUCUGGACGCAGAACAUAACAGCGUGUCCUGUGCGGAAUGUGACUCAGGAUGGAGGCUUCGGCCAGUGGUCACCAUGGCAACCAUGUGAGCACUUAGAUGGGGAAAAUUCAGGCUCUUGCCUUUGUCGGGCCCGAGCCUGUGACUCCCCCCGACCCCGCUGUGGGGGCCAAGACUGCCUGGGGCCAGCCAUCCACAUCGCCAACUGUUCCAGGAAUGGGGCGUGGACGCCAUGGUCCUCGUGGGCCCUGUGCAGCACAUCCUGUGGGAUCGGAUUCCAGGUCCGCCAGCGAAGUUGUAGCAACCCUGCUCCCCGCCACGGGGGCCGAAUCUGCGUGGGCAAGAGCCGGGAGGAGCGGUUCUGUAACGAAAACACGCCUUGCCCGGUGCCCAUCUUCUGGGCUUCCUGGGGUUCUUGGAGCAAGUGCAGCAGCAACUGCGGGGGCGGCGUGCAGUCGCGGAGGCGGUCCUGUGAGAAUGGCAACUCCUGCCCAGGCUGCGGCGUGGUGAGGGCCGAUGAGGGCGCGCGGGCAGGAGGGCCUGCACCAAGGGGCGGGCGGGGGUGCAGGGCAGGCCUGGGGCUGCAGGUCCACGAGACAGCACACGCUCCCAUCCUGAAGGAGUUCAAGACGUGCAACCCAGAGGGCUGCCCGGAAGUGCGGCGCAACACGCCUUGGACCCCGUGGCUGCCCGUGAACGUGACUCAGGGCGGGGCGCGGCAGGAGCAACGCUUCCGCUUCACGUGCCGCGCGCCUCUGCCCGAUCCCCACGGCCUGCAGUUUGGCCGGAGGAGGACAGAGACCAGAUCCUGCCCUGCAGAUGGCUCGGGGGCCUGCGACACCGAUGCUCUGGUGGAGGAUCUCUUGCGCAGCGGGGGCACUAACCCGCACUCUGUGAGCGGGGGCUGGGCCACGUGGGGCCCGUGGUCAUCCUGCUCCCGGGACUGCGAGUUGGGCUUCCGUGUCCGCAAGAGAACGUGUACGAACCCGGAGCCCCGCAAUGGAGGCCUGCCAUGCGUGGGCGACGCCGCCGAGUACCAGGACUGCAACCCCCAGCCUUGCCCAGUGCGGGGUGCCUGGUCCUGCUGGACUUCAUGGUCCCCAUGCUCAGCAUCUUGUGGUGGAGGCCAUUAUCAACGCACACGUUCCUGCACCAGCCCCGCGCCCUCCCCAGGCGAGGACAUCUGUCUUGGUCUGCACACAGAGGAGGCUCUGUGUGCUACACAGGCUUGCCCAGAAGGCUGGUCACCGUGGUCUGAGUGGAGUGCAUGCACUGAGGACGGAACCCAAAGCCGCAGCCGGCACUGUGAAGAGCUGGUCCCAGGGCCCAGCACCUGUGCUGGAAACAGCAGCCAGAGCCGUCCCUGCCCCUACAGUGAGAUUCCUGUGAUCCUGCCUGCCUCUGGCAUGGAGGAGGCCACUGGCUGUGGAGGGUUCAGUCUCAUCCACCUGGUAGCCACAGGUGUCUCCUGCUUCCUGGGCUCAGGGCUGCUGACCUUGGCGGUGUACCUGUCCUGCCAUUACUGCCAGCGCCAGUCCCAGGAAUCCACACUCGUCCAUCCUGCCACCCCCAACCACCUGCACUACAAGGGUGGGGGCACCCCCAAGAACGAGAAGUACACACCCAUGGAGUUCAAGACCCUGAACAAGAAUAACUUGAUCCCUGAUGACAGAGCCAAUUUCUACCCACUGCAGCAGACCAAUGUGUACACAACCACCUACUAUCCCAGCCCGCUGAAUAAACACAGCUUCCGGCCCGAGGCCUCACCUGGACAACGGUGCUUCCCCAACAGCUGAUAACUCUGUCCUGGGGACUUGGGCUCCUUGCCUUUUUAAGGCACAGAGCAGGUGGAAAUGGGACGGUGGGGCCAGGCCAAGAACUUGCUGCCUUGCCUGUGGGGGUCCCAGCCGACUUCAAAGAGCUCUGGCUGGCGGUGACCAUGGGGGAGAGGGCUGGCUUCAGGCUGGCACGUGGCUGCUGAUCUCGCCCAGCCCAGGUCUCUCAUGGCCUCCUUGCAAUUCUCUACCGUGCUGAUAUCACCUGCCGUGUCUGGGCUGUGGACCUACUGGGCAUGUGAGGAACUGGAGAGUGGAGAUGGCAGAACAACAGGCUUUUAGCUUUGGGUUGGAAAUGAUGCUCUUGUGGCCAUCACCGGCCGAGGCUGUCCCUCUCUGACUGGCCCCAGGAAAGGCCUAGGCUACAUCCAGAUUAUCUCUGAGAGGAACUGAUCAAACGGCCCCAGAGCUCUGGAUUCUCCGCCCAGGGCUGGGCUGCUGUGGUGCUGUCCCGGUGUGACCUGGGGACCAAGGCUGGCCCCAGGUUGUCCACCUUUGCCUAGCAGGCUGUACCUUCCCGGUGACAUCCCUCUGGUCAGAGGCUGUGAGGACUGGGGACUGAAGACUGAACUUUGCCAAGAAGUCCUUUAAUCUGGGCUGGCACAGGCCUCAGAUUUACCAUCAGAAUGCACAAAAGGUGGCCCAAGAGAGAGGGAGGCAGGAGUGCAGCCUCUGUGCCACUAUGGAGACUGUCUUCCAGUUGCUGCUCAUUAGAGCUGUUGGCUGAGAUCUGCUUGGGAGUCUCUGCUGGCCCUUCAUCUGUUCAGGAACACACACACACACACACACACACACACACACACACAACACGCUGCAGUAACAAAAAGGAUGUUGGGCUGUGGCAUUAUUAAUUAAAGAUGAUAUCCAGUCUCCAAAGGCAA